AUGAACAUUCUCAAUGGUGGUAAUAUUUCAAAAUGUAGUCGAAGAAUUUGGCGAAUUUCCUGUUGUUUGGAUUCCGAUGUAAAACCACAUAUCCUCUUUGAGAAAACGAAGGAAAAGAUAGUUUCUUAUGAUAAAAUAUCUCAUCAACGACCAAGAUAUCACUGUAAGCAUAGUUCAAUAAACAACCUUUCUAAAUUCGUCUUAUGGACACAAGUUCGAUUUCAACAAGGUUAUCCAAAACUGCACCGCGAUAUAGAGCAUCCAAAUUUUGACUAUUAUAGAAAGGAUAAAUACAAAGAUAUUCACAAUACUACUUGGCACUCCGGAGAUGAUAAGAAGGGUUACACUAGUGCGAUUGGGUUAAUUGGCUUACUCUGCGGCAUGUACGGCGCUAAAUCAGAAUUUAUACAUUUUCUGACAAGUAUGUCAGCGGCUGCCGACGUUCGCGCUCUGGCUACAAUAGAAAUUGACAUAGCAAGUGUGGCACCAGGUUCAUGUUUGUCUUACAAAUGGCGUGGGAAACCACUUUUUGUUAAGCACAGAACACCGAGUGAAAUAGCAGCAGAGGCCAACACUCCCCUGUCAUCACUCCGAGACCCGGAGACACCAGACCAGCGUACACCAAUAAAACCCGAAUGGCUUAUUGUCAUUGGUAUCUGUACACAUUUGGGCUGUGUCCCAGUUCCAAACUCUGGAGAUUGGGCUGGUGGAUUUUAUUGUCCAUGUCAUGGCAGUCACUACGACAACGUCGGUAGAACACGCAAAGGCCCAGCUCCUCUGAAUUUAGAGGUCCCACCAUAUAAGUUUCUUUCCGAUAAUCUAGUUUUAGUUGGUUAGGAACGAUUUUGAGUAUAAGUCUUCAAAAGAACAACUCAAUUCUUGCACGAGUUUUAAAUUUUAUGUAAAAUAUAUUUGAUUUG